UCAGUUGUUAUUGCAACGAAGAGCACACUGUGAACACAUGGAUGUUGAUCCAUUGGUGUGGACCAAUCAGAGAUUUAUCAAAUGGGCCAAAAGCAUCGACUUGAUGGAAUAUGCAGAAAACUUGGUAGACAGUGGAGUUCAUGGUGCUCUUGUGAUUCUCGAACCUUCUUUCACAGCCGAUACCAUGGCUACGGCUUUGGGAAUCCCAGCCUCAAAAAACAUCAUUCGGCGCCACCUCACUACAGAACUCGAAAACCUUAUACAACCAGCUAGGUUAUCACUCGAAGCCGAAGCGUUCGUGAAUACUCGUAAAAGUGACAAGAGAAGUACCGGCUCGUCAGGUUACGCGUCAUUAGGACGUAACUUUAGUAGAUCACAUUCGAGAGGAACCCUGGAGAGGGUCGACAAAGAACGAUCCAGUAUGAAGAACUUUUGGACGUGGUCUAUACGUUUGAAACCGAGGCGACACUCUUCUACAUCCAACAGUUUCCAGUGUACUCCUACUCCAUCCACUAAGUCACUGGAAUCUAGGAGUCAUGUUCGUUCUCCCAGAAAUAUACCGAUUCUCACUGUCACGCCUGUGUGAUCGUGUCCGUACAGGUUUUGGUUUUGUUGUUUUAUUCCAAUCAAACUUUUGCAUGUAUGUUCGCCACCAACGAUAACAGCGUUUCAAGAACAAGCCGAUCCCGCUGGAAAAAAAAAAGCUUCUAAUUAUUGUUCGAGAUGAACUGUUCGAAGAUGCUUGAUAUUUUGCCGUCUUAUCUGCGCAAGGCUUAACUGCAAAGAUAUGGUAUUUUGCUGUCUUAUCUGCGCAAGGCUUAACUGCAAAGAUAUUUCUUUAAUUAGCUUUCACGCCAUCAAUCUGCUCAAACUACAGCAAUCUUAUGGCAUCUAUAUAUAUUUGUUCUCUAUGUUGAUAUAGUUAAGUAUGAUAGUUUUACUUUUCACUGUUGACCGCUAUAAAAUAACGAUUUUUCUCGCUGUUAAACCUCUGUUGCCCGAGAAAAAAAAAUCCAAUUUCUUACUUAAAUAGGUCUAUAUCGCAUAAAAAAAUAUGUUUUUGUGAAAUAUAUUUUGGUAACUAAUGGAUGAAUACAUUACCUAGACGUAACAUUAUUCAAUUGAGGAACCAACAAAAAUAUUUCCAUGGUUUAUUUAGACUGUUACCUGGAAGUAAGAACAUUCAACAACGGAAUUAAAACAACAAAGACUGAUUUGUUACCUGUAGGUUACAAUGUGCAAUAGAGGGUUAAAAGGUUUGUCAAAUAUUUUAGUUUGUAUUAUGAAGCAUUAAGAUAGGAUAUACACGUUUUUAAUUCUUGAAAAUAUCUAAGGAACUUGAUAAAGAAUGUAGUGUUUAAAAAGGUAUAACAGGCCUAAUACUAAUGUCUUAUUGAAUCAAGGGACGUGUUAUAUAUAGGGCAGUUGUUGCUUACGUAAUGUUCUGACCACUACUAUGUUUGUUGUGUCCCAGACGGCCUGAUGAGCUCUGGACUGAGUGAAACGUGUCUUUGGCAAUGGAUAUGACAAAUAUAGUGUAGUUGGAAUACUAUUAUUAUAAUACACUUCUAAUUUUGGAAAAUCCCCAAGAAACUGGAUAAAGAAUGUAGUGUUUAAAAAUGUAAUAGGCCUAAUGAUAAUAUCUUAUGACAAAUACGUAAUUCGUGUCAACUAUGAAUCCUAAUUUAAAUAUUUCUUGAGAUGUAAACACGUACUGAUGUAGGUUAACAUUUUCCAGUUAUAUGAUAUUUGUGAAUUAAUUAAACUUUAAGCAUAUUCUUUUUCUGCAAACUUUUUGGAAACAUUUUGACAGAUACAUCAGCAAACCGAACUAUACGGACGUCCAGUAGUCCAGUGGUAAGCUUGAAGGCUUAAACGCCAAAAACAAGGUUUCGAUAUCCGUGGUGGGCACAGCACAAACCGCCCACUGUGUAGUUUUGUGCUUAACAUCAAACGGAAAGACAGGCCGAACUACGUGAAAGAAGCGGCAAACAUGUUAAUGCAGGUGUUUAAACUAUGGAUUUAUUAUAACCAGAGGUGUACAUUUUACAGGAUCGCGCGUUUUACACGCAACAAUACGUUCAUUUGUCCUCCCCCUCACCAGUGGCCAAUCGGUAAGUCUGAGGGCUUAUAACGCUUACAAAAAUGAGUAAACUUGCCCAUACUAAGAAAGAAAUGUGACUAACUAGAAUAAAAAGGUAAUAGUUGUUGGCAACUUCGUGUUAAAGUUAGAUAAGUACGUACAAUAAUACACAGUGUUUAAUUUCUAGAAAGCAAAAACUAACAAAAAAAAAA